GAACGGGCCCCGCGCCGGGCAGGGCCCAGCCUGCCUUGGCCUGGCAGGGCUGCACAAGCAGCCGGUCCGAACUAAGGCGGAAGGACUCUGAGGCCCAGCCUCCGUCCGGGAUGGAGCCACGGUCCGGGACGCAUCUCCUCUGUGUCCGGGGGGCUGACUGUGCCCGGACGCUCUGAAGUGCGGCCGCCCUGGGGAGGGUGGACGGGCAGGGCGGGGCCGAGCCGCUGGCUGACCUUGGCAGGCCGCAUUUGGCGCGGCCGCUACCACGCGCAGCUAGGUGUGGUGGCACAUGCCUGUAUCCCUAGCACUGAGGAGGAAGAGGUAGGAGAUCAAGACCAGCUAUGGCUACAUAAUGUUUUCAAGUCAGCGAACAUUCACUGAGUAUCUACUAUAUACAAGGUAUAGCUCCUGAUCCUUGGGGGAGGAGACAUGGGUGACAGAGAUGAACAUCUGCAACAAACCCUCCAACAAGACAGCCCCUGAGAAGAGUGUGUGGACAGCGCCUUCGCAGGACAGUGGACCCUCCCCAGAACUGCAGGGCCAGCGGUCUCGCCGAAAUGGAUGGAGCUGGCCCCCCCACCCGCUCCAGAUUGUGGCCUGGCUGCUCUACCUCUUCUUUGCGGUGAUUGGCUUUGGGGUCCUUGUUCCCCUCCUGCCUCACCACUGGGUGCCUGCUGGCUAUGCUUGCAUGGGUGCCAUCUUUGCUGGCCACCUUGUGGUGCACCUGACCGCUGUCUCCAUCGAUCCAGCAGAUGCCAAUGUUCGGGACAAGAGCUAUUCUGGCCCCCUGCCUAUCUUCAACCGCAGCCAGCAUGCACAUGUCAUUGAAGACCUGCACUGCAAUCUGUGCGACGUGGAUGUGAGUGCGCGAUCCAAACACUGCAGCGCCUGCAACAAGUGCGUAUGUGGCUUCGAUCAUCAUUGCAAGUGGCUCAAUAAUUGCGUGGGCGAGAGGAACUAUCGGCUCUUUCUACACAGUGUGGCAUCUGCAUUACUGGGUGUUCUGCUCCUCGUGCUGGUGGCCACUUAUGUCUUUGUGGAGUUUUUUGUCAACCCCAUGAGGCUUCGUACCAACCAACACUUUGAAGUCUUGAAGAAUCACACAGACGUGUGGUUUGUGUUUUUGCCUGCUGCCCCUGUGGAGACCCAGGCGCCUGCCAUCCUGGCCCUGGCUGCCCUACUCAUCCUUCUGGGCCUGCUUUCUACAGCCCUGCUUGGCCACCUGCUCUGCUUCCACAUUUAUUUAAUGUGGCACAAGCUCACCACCUAUGAAUACAUUGUGCAGCACCGCCCAGCUCAGGAAGCAAAGGAGACCCACAAGGAGCUUGAAACGUGCCCCCGCAAGAUGCGGCCCAUUCAGGAGAUGGAGUUCUACAUGAGGACUUUCAGCCAUGUGCGUCCCGAGCCCUCUGGUCAGGCUAGGCCAGCAGCAUUAAAUGCCAAUCCUUCCCAGUUUCUUGCCACCCAAGGCCAAGUGGAACCACCACUGCCCUCCUCCUCAGACACACUGGCUCUGCCUCCACGGAUCCAGCCCCAGAAAAAGAGGAAGCGGCGUGUGUACAGAUUGCCGAAGUCUGGGGUCUUGGACCGGGAGCCCCCGCUGCCUAGGCUAUGGGGGACUGGGACCCCCGGCCGCCACUCCAGCUCUUCAUCGGAUUCCACCAGUGCCAGUCCAGUGCAUGCGGCUGGCUCUGCUGGCGCCUACUACUCGGCAUCAGCCGACUCCAUGGAAGAGAUUCCUGUAGCCCAGACGCGCCUGGGCAGUGCCGCAUUGGGCGCCCCAGGAGCCAGGGCCCGAGAGUCUGGGCUGGCGCUACAGGCACGUUUGCCUGCCGUUUUCGUGAGCCCGAGCAGCGGCGAGCCCGGGACGCCAGGCGGCGGUGAAGACGGCCUGCCCUAGUGGGCACCGGAGGCAGGAGGGCCGCGUAGGAACUUCCUGCCGACUCUAUGCAACACCCUAUCUUCGCAGCAGUGCACUUUAGGGGCCUCAAGGCCGGCGGGAUCGGCCUCCCUCUCCCGAGACUCAGCAAUAUCCCCUCCACCAAGCCCUGAUGCUCCAAUAAACUUUUUUUUUUUAAA